AUGGCAACCAUAUCACGAAAUCUACGGUUCCAAUGGCUGAAACGCACAACCAGAGUCGCCACACGUAGGCGCGCCAGCACUCUCGCCGAAAUCCAAAACGGACUCCCCAAACGCCUCAUAGCACCAACAUGGGACGACCUCUUCCCUCAGAAUUCCUAUCGGCUCCAAGUCACUCUCGCAGACCACUUGCCUGAAAUUUCGGCGCCAGCUCCGCCGCAGAUCUUACCGCCGCCUAGUUCGAAUCGACAGCUACCCAUUGGCCAUCAUCUCGUCUAUUUCGAACAAUCACGUCGUGGAAGUUCCAUGCUCCCCGAUGGAACGAAUCCCGAUCAGAGUCCCGGGAAACCCUUCGUGCGGAGGAUGUGGGCUGGUGGGCGGGUGCGGUAUUCACAACAUAACCCUCUACAACUUGACGGGGGAAGAGGUGUGGGGUGCGAGUUUAUCAGGAAUGUGGAUGUGAGGGGGAAAGAGGGAGCGGAGAGGAUCUUCGUCCGAGUGGAAAGACGUCUCGCGAAAGCUACCCCGGACGAAGUGCAAAGAUUGGAAGCGGCGAGUGAAGAUGAAAGCGGUUCGCUGAAAAAGGAACUGGAACACAGAGUCCGACAGAGAUUAUGGAGGAAUGAAGAGGAAGAUUUCGGGCAAUGUUCGAUUCUGGAAACUCGGAAUCUCGUCUUCAUGAAAGAACGCAGUCCGGAGGAAGCUAGCCAGGAAGCCAAAAGAGCAAAGGAGAAAAUCCUCAAACCUCAACAUUCGCCCGACUACACCCACGUCGUUGUCCCGGACGCCAAACUCCUGUUCCGCUUCUCGGCCCUCACGUUCAACGCCCAUUCCAUCCACCUGGACCGCCAUUUCGCGCAAAACGUCGAAGGGCACGCCAAUCUCCUCCUCCACGGUCCGUUGUCGUACACGUUUCUCGUGACGCUUCUGCAACAACAGCUCUCCCAGCGAGGCAACGAAGUGAUCAAGACUAUCGAAUAUCGAAAUUUGGCGCCCCUGUAUUGUGAUGAGCCGGUUACGUUUGGGGGGAAACAGGUUGGGGAGAGGAAAUGGGAUGUCUGGGCGCAAGGGCCUGAGGGUGGGGUUGCGGUUAAAGGGAGUGUCGUGACGGAGACGGGCAGUAUUGAUCGAGCGAAUUUGGGGCAAUGA